AUGUCAGAAGAAUUAGAAAAGGCUGGAUUAUAUAUAGAUGAAUCUUGUCUUUUACGAGUCUUACAACCAGAAAUCACAAAUGAAACUAAGGAUCUAAGAAAUGAAUGUUUGAAGUUUAACGAAAGUAAUUGUAUAUUUUUUUUUAAUAAUCUUUUUUUAUAUCUAAAUGCUAUAUUUUGUGUUGUAGAGCUCUCAGAAUUCAAAAAAAUAGCUGAUGUAUUCAUUGCUUUAGCUGACAAUUAUGCUAAACUGGUGGAAGUUGCUAAAUUAAAAGCCUUGUCAACUUUAAACACAUUUAACUCUAUGACCAAGAAAAGAGAACAAGAGCAACAAAAAAUUCAAAGCCUUCUAAUAGAACUAAUGAUUGAAUUAGAUCGACUCAAAAUAAAUUAUCAAUUUUUGUCAAAAAUUGAAGCAGAACAAGCUUAAAAACUCUUCUAAUACUAGUUAUAUAAGUUUUAUUUGUAUCAUAUCUUUGUUAUAUAGAAAUUAGUUAUCCUAAUUAAUUUGAAUUAUCG